AGGCUAUGUUACAUUUUUCCUCGGACUUGAUAUUGAAUUAUUCCUCCCUCUCACUCUCAGUCUUUCUCUAUAAAUACCAUCUGUUCCUCAGUUUCGGCAGUAAUUAAGGAAGAAGAAAAGAUAGUAGAAAAAUGGAAAAUACAGUAAGUCAAUCUCUUCAUAAAACACAUAAAUUGUCAUUUGCAUCACAGAUUCUGUUGAGAGUUUUGGCCACUGGGGGUUCUUUGGCUGCUACAUGGCUUGUCCUCACUAGCAAGCAAACUGUUGAGGUUUUCGGAAUCGUGGUCGAUGCACGUUAUAGCUAUUCAUCUGCUUUCAAGUUCUUUGCAUUUGCAAAUAUUAUUGCUUGUGCAUUCUCUCUUCUCUCUUUGUUUAUUGUUUUCAUCCUUGGUUACAAGGCAGUGAAUCCAAGAAAUUACUUCUUCAUAUUUCUGCAUGACUUGAUUUUGACAACAUUGUUGAUGGCUGGAUGUGCAGCAGCAACAGCGAUAGGGUACGUGGGGAAGUAUGGCAACAGCCACACUGGUUGGAUAGCAAUUUGUGACCAUUUUGCCAAAUAUUGCGACAGAAUUAUGUUAUCUAUUAUCAUAUCAUUCAUUUGUAUCGUGUUCUAUUUUCUCCUCACUGUAAUUUCUGCCAAUGUAUCACGGAAAAGUUGAGUUAGAUGCUGGUUUUUACAUUUUAGGAUAACAAUAUCAUUGGUGUUUAUCGUAUACUUCGAUUUGGAUGUAAAAUAAAUUUUAUUGUGUUUCAAUAGCAGUCUA